CUUCGCUUGCGCCUGCCUGGCGGUUUCAGUUCGUUUCUUUCGGGUCGUGUUUCCUCUGCGAGCGAGUGAGAUCGAGAGAGAACACAGCGAUCGAGUAAGGAAUGGAGAACGUGACGGGGCUUCUCCGGGUGAGGGUAGUGAGGGGCGUCAACCUCGCCAAGCGUGAUGCUGGAGAUAGCGACGCCUACGUCGUCGUCCUCAUGGGCGAUCAGAAAUUGAAGACCAAUGUAAAAAAGAAUAGUCUGAAUCCAGAGUGGAAUGAAGACUUGAACUUUUGUGUCUCAGAUCCCACUCAACCACUUAAGAUUGAAAUUUAUGACAAAGACACGUUAACCCAAGAUGAUAAGAUGGGCGAUGCCGAGUUGGAUAUACAGCAAUUCAUGGAGGCUGUCAAGAUGGGUUUGGCAGAUCUUCCAAAUGGUUUCGUGAUUGAAACUAUGAGGCCAAGUCAACAAAACUGUCUAGCUGGAGACAGCACUAUUACUUCGAAAGAUGGUACGAUUGCUCAAGAUGUUGUCCUUCAACUCAGAAACGUGGAGAGUGGCAAUGUGGAGCUGCAGCUGCUGUGGCUUAGCGUUCCCUGCGCGCCAGAUUUCUAGCAUGUGUUUUCUGCAGCGUAGGAAGUCAUCCCACCAUGGCACGAUGGAUUUGUUUGACUCCAUGAUACCAGCGGGCUUUCUGAUACUUCUAUCGUUUGCGUCGAAUCAUCACUCUAGAAUUGGUGGUUUAGUGGUUCAACAUUUCUAUGACAAUGGUUUAUG